AUGCUGGAAAGAACAGCCGCCAGCCUGGAAUCAUGCAAUCUUCAGCGCGUCCUCCCUAAGCCCACCCGAUCCGCAAAACGAUGCAGGCGGCUUCAUACCGGAUUUUGGCAGCAUGGAGCUUCUGCAAUUGAGCUAACCAGUAUAUGGCCUGUCCAAACCAGAGGCAGCCAAGGAGUAUUGGAGGCUGUUGACCCAUCAUCGCAACCUUUGCAAGCUGGUCUUUUGGCUUCGACAUUUCUUCUCGAUUUUUUGUAUCCGUUUCCCAGUGGGGCAUACGCCUAUCUACGACGUCUGUAUCCCGCAUUAACACGACCGCGAAGUGAGAACCAAUCCUUUGGGACAUCGAGAAGAAGAAAUUUCACUUCUACCGCCGUGGCAACUGAGGUCGAUACGAGUGCAGCCUUGCUGCGGUGCAGUGAUAGUGUUGGCCAGAAGAGUAGCCCCAUCAGAGGAUACGCGUCGGGAAGCGAUUCGAGUGCAACGAGCGAGAUAGCGGAUUCCGCAACGCAAAUACCAACUACCGCCUCCGUCUCCCCUGAUGAACCCGUCCGAGCGAAUGGUUAUUCACGAAACAGCCGUGAAGUAUGCCUGGAAACACUCACAGAUCACCUCAGCAGACCAGAGGACAAGAUGUAUAGCGAUGUAUGGGAUCUAUAUUGUAGGCUAGAUGACGACCACAAGCAAGGCCAGAAGGCAUCGGUUGUCGCCUACCUAUCCACAUCCCAGGGCAUUGUUGAUACAGGCAGAGCCAUCUCGCUCCUCCGACAAAUACCUAUGGAGACAUGGGAUGAAAAACUGCAGACUGUCGGUGUACUGUUACAUCUGCAAGCCGGCGACGAGGCUGCCGCCAUCGAUGUUCUCAAUUCUGGACUUAAAACACGUUCUUGCGCAGGGGGCUUCAAAUAUCUGGUGGAAUAUGCCAUUACCAGCCAAAAAUGGCCAAUCGCCCUCAAAGUCUGGCUAGAAUAUUACUCUCUUGCAACGAAAGCUGGCCGGCCAAUUUCACUUUACAACAAUCUGCCAUUAUUAAAUUCGGUUCCUGACCUGAGCAAGCUUUACUUUUCCCUAGAGCGUUACUUGGAAGUUGAAGCAGCUGGACCAGUCAGAUCGAUCAACCUCUACGAAGACACUCGCGAAGGCUUGCAGGCAAUGCGCCGUUGGUUAGCACGGCAAGCACUACGACAACCAUGCGCCCCAAGGCAAGCAAUGAGGAUCCUUCAAAUCUGGGAUGACACGAACUUAUACGUAGGCUAUCUCAUGCGUAUGCUACGGCGCUUGAACGACGGACUUGAGACCAGAGCUAGUCUCGCCGCGUUGCCAGAGAUUUAUCAGCAGUACCGCACAAUGGAGCGUGCAAAGCCACCACGUUUGUUGCUGCGAGGAAUGUUCAAUUUUUAUUACCCGGCUGAUGCGGCAGGACUAGCACAGAUAUAUUCCGACUGGCAUCAGACAUGGGGCGACCUUGAUCAUUGGGGAUAUGUGAAAUACUUGAACUUUUACUCCACGACAGGGGAUGUGCAGGCCGUCAAAGAUCUGUGGGCGAGGUACACGAAACUCUUUCCGAAAGCCUCCAAAUCGCCUCUAGCCUUCCGAAGCACGAUGAAUGUCUUUGCUCAACUGGGGGAUGUUGCCGGAGCUGAACACGAGCUUCGCAUCAUGAGGGAUCACUAUGGGGUUCAGCCUGACAUCUACAUCUGGAACUCACUUCUCAAAUGUUAUUCAAGGGCGAAUGAUCAAGCACGCGUCUUUCAAUGCUUCGAAGAGAUCAAGAAGGUGGACCAGCCAAACUCAAGCACCUACGCGCAGGUAAUGGCAAUGGCAGCCAGAAAGGGGGACCUGGCGACGACGUUGGACUUCUACAAUCAGUCUCAAAAGGCAGGGGUGCAGAUUUCAAAGGAGAUGGCCUUGCCAUUGGUAAUGGUUUACUGCCGCAACGACCGUUUGGUGGACGCCCAGAAGAUUUGCACCGAGUUCGCCCAACGCAAGGUGACUAGUACCGCUGUCUGGAACCAACUGGUAUACUUCAACGGCUUGCAAGGCAAAUUGAAUACCUGUUACGCUCUUCUGAAAGCCAUGAAGAGCUAUGGCGUGGAAUGGGAUCACCAAACUCACGAGUUUCUGCUACGGGCUCUGGUCCAGGCUAACCAAAUCCCAGCAGCAUAUCGCUUUCUUCGAAAUGCCAGGGACAACGACAUCUUCCCUCUUGGACCGGAGCACUUUGCCAUAGUCAUGACUGGCGCUGUUCGUAAGGGUCAGUUAGACCUUGCCAAGGCAAUUCUAUCGCACAUGCGGUCUUGUGGUAUGACGAUCUCCUUCAAAGCUCACGUAUCACUUGUUGAAGCGGCAUUUCGUCAAACCCCCUCAGCGCCAGGGACACAGACUUUGGCCAAAGAUCUGGUUGAGCACUUGGGCUCGAUGCUGAGCCGAAACAACUCUCAGACACCGACUCUGAGCGCAGACGUGCCUCCAUGGGGUCCUCCUGUAGGACUAGGCGAGUUGAAGCGGCAAACCAAGGAAAUUGGCCGUGCCAUCAUGCUACUUGUGGAACUGCGAAAUUUCUCAGCCGUCGAGCGGUUGGUAACAGGCUAUUUGGAAGUGUUUCCCGAAUUCAAGCAGAAGAACUACUUCCCACCUGACAUUGCCUCUGCCUUGAUGCUUGGCUACCUCAAAGAAGGGCAACGCGACCAGGUUCAUGACUUGUGGCAAAAUACUCUCAAAGCCGUUCAAGCCAACUGCACGAAUGCCCAAGGCAGAAUUCAUCCCGCCCAUCGAUACGAUAUUGCACGACCGCUCAACGUGGUUGCCAAGACGUACAGAGACGCCAAUGAUGGACCGGGCCUCCUCAACACAGUCGAGCAGCUCACCAGCGCAGGCUUCAAACUCACCAGCACAAACUGGAACCUCUGCAUCCAGUACCUCGCCGAAAUGGGUCACUGGGAACGAGCAAUGGACUGGUGUGAGGAAUACCUCAUGCCCCGGUGGCGCGGAUGGACGCCCGGCGCCAAGACCCCCCAAGAACGGCGGGACUCGAACAACACGCACGUCCUUGUGGCCUCCCAAGCUACCGUCUUCAGCCUGCAGAAGGAAUGGCUCAAACUCCGCAAGCUGGCCGCCUGGUCCAGCGAAGUAUCCUCCAAGCUUCAAGACAUGGAACGUCGCCACCCCAUGCUUCACUAUGCCUUCAUCACCACCGACUACGAACACCUCCCUGCCACGUGGGCGCUCCCCAAGAAGAAGAGCAUCAAUAAAGCGAUAAAGGAUAUGAUUGGACCGCUAUCCCACGACGAGCUGAAAGUUGUGAGAAAGGCACUCGAGAAGCAGUUGCGGGUUGAGAAGCAACGAAAGAGCCGGAGGACAGUGCGCAGUCCCCUCCAUGUCGUCAGACGGUCAAACAAGCAAGGGCACGUUCUGACAAGGGCUGUUAAGAGCGAUUCAGAGAAUUCGGCUGUCGUUUUGAAUGGGGAGCAUGCAUCAACUAGAGAGGAUACAUCUAGAUCUGAUUAA